AUGAAGCGGAAGCAGAGCGCCGCCGCCGCCGCCGCCGCCGAAGUCGACGCCGACGAGCCAUCCCAGGCCCCGCUGCCCCUCGACGACUACUCGGGCGACGUCUGCGCCGCCCUCACCGCGCGCUACGGCCGCUCCGCCUCGGCGCAGCACCGCCACCUCCUCGCCACCGCCGCCGCCAUCGGCUCCAUCCUCACCGACGACGGGAAACCCCUCACCGCCGAGUCAUACCUCCCCGCCGUCGUCUCCGCGCUCGGAGCCGCCGGCCCCUCCGACCCCGCCGCCGCCGCCGCCCUCGCGUCCCUCCUCGUCAUCCUCAUCCCCCACAUCUCCUCCCUGCCGCCGGCCUCUGCCUCGGAGCCCGCCUCCUCGCUCGCCGCCUUCCUCGCCUCCCCUGACGCCUCCAAGCUCCCCACCGGCACCGUGCGCUCGGUGGUCAAGUCGCUCGGCCAGCUGGCCCUCCAUCUCGACGCUGCAGCCGAUUGGGGCGCUGUCGCCGCGCCUCUGGAGGCUCUCCUCGCUGCCUCUGUGGAUCAGCGGGCCAAGGUCCGAAGAUGUGCACAGGAGAGCGUGGAGAAGCUAUUUUCUUACUUGGAACGUUCCGGUUGUGCGAAGAAAGCUAGCAGUGCUGCAACUGACUUGUUUGAGAAGCACAUUUCAUCGGUGAGAAGUCCUGCCAAGUUGGAUUCAGACGCUUCCGAGGCUAAGGAGAUGGAAGCGGUUCAUAUGCUAGGCGCGGUCACAGUUUUAGUCCCAUAUCUAUCCAAGAAGGCAAGGAGUACGGUUUUCUCGGGUGCUUAUCGGCUAUUGAGACCCCGUUUUAGCCCACUCACAAGGCAUGUCCUCAGGCUUAUGGAGACCUUGUUGGAGCAUCUUAAGGCUGAGAAUAUUGAGUCUGAGUUGGAGAAGCUCAUCUCCUUAGUGUUGGCUUACCUGCCUUAUGAUGAGAAGAAGCCUGAUGAUACCAUCAUCGCAGCAUUACAGCUGAUGAGAAAUUGUUUAGGGAAACUGGCUGGUCGCCCAAAAUUGUGGACAAAGUUUCUUCCGUCUGCAUUCGAGGCAGUUUCAGGAUACCUAAUUCUGGACAGUAAAUGUUCUGAAGAUGUAGCGGAACUGUUAAUAGAGUGCAUCUAUUGUCAUGUCGACCAAAGUAUUUUUGUGACCAAUGAAUCAGGGUGUGAUGCUGAGGAUUCGAUCGAUGGGGCUGCCAUCAAAUCAAUCUGUUCGUCUAUCAAUAAAAAACUUAGAAAGUGUGCUUCUCCUCCUCGUAAUGUCUUAACAAUUGUCUUGGCUCUGUUUCUCAAACUCGGGGAGAGUUCUUAUGUCUUUAUGAAAGAUAUCCUACUAACUUUGUCACGGCUUGGUUCGAAAAUACACAAAGAACCACACCUGAAGAAUGUUGAGGAGUGCAUUGGGGCAGCAAUAGUUGCUAUGGGGCCAGCUAAAAUUCAUUCUCUACUUCCAAUAUCUUUUGAGGAGGCUUGGUUUACAUGCUCAAAUAUGUGGAUUGUACCCAUUUUAAACAAGUAUGUUUAUGGGGCCUCACUGCAACACUUUUUAGAGUACAUUGUACCGCUAGCAAAAUCUUUACGAGAGGCUUCAAGCAGGGCCAAAAAAGCACGGAAAUGUAAGGAAUUGCAAGGUUGGAGUGAUCAAUUGUGGAAUUUGCUUCCUGCCUUCUGCCGCUAUCCGUCUGAUGUAUAUCAGAAUUUUGGUUCCUUGUCCAAACUGCUGCUAGAGAUGCUAAAGUCUGAUCGGUGUCUCUACAAAUCCGCUAGUAAAGGCCUGCAGCAACUUAUAGAUGGAACUAGAAGAUUAAGCAGCAGUGAUGAAGAUGUAGAAGUCCCUGCAGAAGUUUCAGCCUUGUUCUCCUCGAAGACUAGUAACUUAAGCUGUCUAAGCUUACAACAGUGCUCUAAAAAAGAUGCUCGUAAAAGCAUGAAGGUCUUGGCAUCACAUUCUGUGGAUCUUCUUUGCACUUUUGCAGAUGAUUUCCUUGAAUCAUCAGAAAAGCGUCUUUAUUUGAAGGAUGCGCUGAGACCCCUGGCUCAACUUUCUGGUAGCGCGAACAUCUGUAACCUUUUUCUUUCACUACUUAAAAAAUGUGGUUUGGAAGAUACUCCAUCAACACCAGAGAAUCUAGAAUGUGAAGCAAAUGAGGUAGAUGGAAAAGGCGAAGAGAAUACUGAUUCAACAGCGGAGAUAAAUAAUAAGAGGUCACUUCUGAUGGAACUCAUUUCAACACUAGCUGAAGCUGCCGAUGAGGAUGUGCUUGAUUUGUUUUUUGGAUUCAUCAAAUCUUCUUUACUGGAUAGCAGCAAGUCAUGUGAGAGCAAAGCUCUCUUUGCAUUAAGCACAAUUUUGAAGGAACACUAUGAAUAUUCGUUAGCUCAGUUGGAUGAAAUAAUGAUGCUUCUUCAUGGAAUAAAGCCAGAUUCUAACAAUGCAGUUUUAGAAGGCCAAUUAGUAUGCUACAAGUAUCUGUUGGUUCACAUGAUUAAGGUUAAUGAAGAGAGCACAAGCAAGAAGGCAUUCUUGAUUCUAAAUGAGUUAAUACUUGCAUUGAAGUCUAAGAAGGAAAGUAGAAGACUAGCAUACGAUGUACUCCUGGCUAUUAGUACUAGCUUGAGGAGUUCUGACUCGAAUAACGGAGAUUCAGAUCUUCAACGGCUAUUCACAAUGGUGAUGGGAUAUUUUUCUAGUCCGUCUCCUCACUUAGUGAGCGGAGCAAUAGCGGCACUAUCAUUGCUUAUAUAUACUGAUGCUGAUUUUUGCGUGGAAGUUCCAAACUUGAUACCAUCAGUCCUAGUUCUGCUGCAAAAUAAAGCUAUUGAAGUAACUAAGGCAUCUCUGGGGUUUGUUAAGGUGUUGGUAACAUCUUUGCAAUCAGAAAAACUGUUGGGUUUGCAAGCAGAUAUCAUGACUGGCAUAUUACCAAUGUCAUCUGUUACAAAGCACCAUUUCAAAGGGAAGGUUAUACUAAUAGUGGAAAUAUUGAUAAGAAAGUGUGGAUUUGAUGCUAUUGACUUGGUUACACCUGAAAAGUACAAGGAGUUUGUUAGAAGUGUUGAAGAGGGCCGCAAAGGGAAUAAUAAUCCAGCAGAUGGUGCACCGUCCGAGGCGAAAGACCCCGAGCAUCAUGCCCCAAAGAGAGGAAAAUGGGCUGAUCCUAACACCGAAUCCGGACAAGAGGAAGCGCCGGCUGGAAAGAAGGAAUUCUUCGUCAAAGGGGCAAGGAAGCCUCACUCCCAGGGUGGUUUCAGAGGUAGAGGUAGAGGCCAGCAGCACGGCCGAGGGUCAGGCGACAGAAGCAGUUUCAGAUCCAGAUCCGAAGCGCCGCAAUCAGGAGACGGACAGAGCAGCAGAGGCGGAAGACCACGAGGCCGCGGCAUUAGACCCGGGAGUGGCGGGUUCAACAGGACGCGAGGCCGCGGUGGUGGGAUGGGGCCGUCCAGCCACUCCCCUAGGUUCAAGAAGCCCAGAACCGCGGCGGCAUCGUGGGUGAACGGGCGGCCUUUUCCAUUUGCGCGCGCGUGUUUUUGCUUAAUCAAGAAAGAAAGCCCCAGACCGGAAAGAAACAUCGGAUCGGACACGGAUAACGCUCUAUCCGAUCCCGACUUUGACCGCAGAGGGGCUCGCUUCAAUUGCCCGCCCGCGCGGGCUCGCGGCCCAUGUACCCACCCACCUCGCGGCCGGCCCUUCUCCUCUCUCCCUCCCUCGGCUCGGAGCCAGCCAGACUCGGGCGAGCGACCCUACCAGCGGCGGAGGCUCCGGUUCCGGCGGGCGGACAUGGCGGUGGCGGCCCCGGGGCAGCUGAACCUCGACGAGUUCCCCUCGUGGGGCUCCCGCGGCGUCGACUGCUUCGAGAAGCUCGAGCAGAUCGGCGAGGGCACCUACGGGCAGGUGUACAUGGCCAAGGAGACGGAGACCAACGAGAUCGUCGCCCUCAAGAAGAUCCGCAUGGACAACGAGCGCGAGGGCUUCCCCAUCACGGCGAUUCGCGAGAUCAAGAUCCUCAAGAAGCUCCACCACCAGAACGUCAUCCAGCUCAAGGAGAUCGUCACCUCCCCAGGCCCGGACCGAGACGAGCAAGGCAAGCCAAUCGACGGCAACAAGUACAAGGGGAGCAUCUACAUGGUCUUCGAGUACAUGGACCACGACCUCACCGGGCUCGCCGACAGGCCGGGGAUGCGCUUCACCGUGCCGCAGAUCAAGUGCUACAUGAAGCAGCUGCUCACAGGCCUGCACUACUGCCACGUCAAUCAGGUGCUGCAUCGAGAUAUCAAAGGUUCUAACCUUUUGAUAGACAAUGAGGGUAACCUCAAGCUUGCUGAUUUUGGGCUUGCGAGGUCAUUCUCUAGUGAUCACAAUGGCAACCUGACUAACCGUGUCAUCACCUUGUGGUACAGACCUCCAGAAUUGCUACUCGGAAGCACAAGGUAUGGUCCAGCUGUUGACAUGUGGUCUGUGGGUUGUAUUUUUGCUGAGCUUCUCAAUGGAAAGCCAAUCCUGCCAGGAAAGAAUGAGCCGGAGCAGCUGACCAAAAUUUUCGAGCUUUGUGGCACCCCUGAUGAGUUAAUCUGGCCUGGUGUCACUAAGAUGCCGUGGUACAACAACUUCAAGCCUCCCCGAGUAUUGAAGAGAAAAGUUAAAGAUGCCUUUAAACAUUUUGAUCGGCAUGCUCUGGACCUGUUGGAGAAGAUGUUAACUUUAGAUCCAACACAGAGGAUACCAGCGAAGGAGGCACUUGAUGCAGAGUAUUUCUGGACUGACCCCUUACCAUGUGAUCCAAAAAGUUUGCCAUCGUACGAGGCAUCACACGAAUUCCAGACUAAGAAAAAACGUCAGCAGCAGAGGCAAGCGGAGGAAGCUGCAAAGCGCCAAAAAAUAAAUCAUCCUCCCCCACAUUCUCGCUUGCCUCCGAUCCAGCAUCCAGGCCAAUCACACCAGAUCAGGCCUGGCCAUGCACCGCCUGUGGCAGGUGGCCCGAGCCACUAUGCAAAACCUCGAGGACCUGGAGGCCCUAACAGGUACCCGCAGGGUGGGAAUCAAGGUGCAGGAUAUAAUAACCCGAACCGUGGAGGGCAGGGCAGUGGCUACGGGAGUGCCCCGUACCCUCAGCAAGGAAGAGGACCUCCUCCAUUCCCUGCAGCAGGUGGUCCACGUGGUAGUGCCGGCAGUGGCUAUGGAGUUGGCGGCCCAAAUUACCCACCAGGCGGUCCGCCGUAUGGCGCGUCUGGUCCAGGCCGAGGAGGCCCGAACUAUCCUCAAGGCGGUUCUCGCAAUCAGCAGCAGUAUGGUAGCUGGCAAUAAUAUUGCAAUAUCAUGUCGCAGCGGUAUGGUAGCUGGCAAUAAUAUUGCAAUAUCAUGUUGCAGCAGUAUGGUAGUUGGCAAUAAUAUUGCAAUAUCAUGUCGCGAUGACACACCCCUCCAGUUGGAGUUUUUUUUUUUUAGAAUCUUUGCUGUUCAAAUUCUACUUUCUGUGAUUGUUGUGCAACAGCUCCUAAAGCACGUCCUUUAUGAUUCAAGCUGUAUUUUAUCAAUGUAUAAACUGAGAUUGUAGCACAACAUGCUAUUGAAGUGUGUCCAUUAUGAUUCAA